AUGAAGUUUUUGAAGCCAGGCCGUGUCGGCAUUGUCACCAAGGGACGAUAUGCCGGAAAGAAGGUCGUCAUUGUAAAGGUCCUUGAUGAGGGCACAAAGGCCCAUCCUUUCGGCCACGCCCUGGUUGCCGGUAUCGAGAGAUACCCAAGCAAGGUCACCAAGAGAAUGUCGAAAAAGAGAAUCACCAAGAGGUCGAAAGUAAAGCCAUUCAUUAAGGUCACCAACUACAACCACAUCAUGCCCACAAGAUACACACUCGACAUGGACACCAUCAAGGGUACUCUGUCCGCCGACACUUUCAAGGAACCAACACAGAGGGAGGAGGCAAAGAAAACAGUGAAGAAAGCCUUUGAGGAAAGAUACCAGAGCGGAAAGAACAAGUGGUUCUUCACUCCUCUACGGUUCUAA